GAGUCGAAUUAGCAGAGGUCCCAAUUCCUGUCCCACCCCCCCGACCCCCCCUUGUUUGAUGUUCAUUAUUCUCCCACCCUUCUGGGGCAGGAGAGGGCAUCUGUGCACCUCUGCAGAGGGAAGGGGGUAAGAACUGUAUCCUCACCCUGGGAGGACCAGUAGGGGCAUACCUGUAGCUCCGGAAGUCCCAUUGGGUUUGCGGACAGUUUUUCACCUUUUUGGACGAAAAGAUGUGUUGGAAGACGUUGCUGCUUCUGCUGUUGUGUUACGAUGCCCAGGCCACUGUGUCCCACAGGUGGAGCAGGGCUGUGCUCUUCCCUGCCGCCCACCGGCCAAAGAGAUCCUCAUCGAUGCCAUUGAACCCCGUCCUGCAGAGCUCCCUGGACGAUGUAGAACUGCUCUACGAGUUCCUGCUAGCUGAACUUGACAUCAGCCCUGACCUGAAGAUCGCCAUCAAGGACGAGGAGCUGGCCUCCUUGAGGAAGGCCGCUGACUUCCAUAUCAUCUGCAAUGACGUGAUCCCCAAGCACAUCCCGGAUAUCCGCCGGCUGAGCGCCAGCCUCUCCAGCCACCCUGGCAUCCUCAAGAAGGAGGACUUUGAAAGGACAGCGCUGACCCUGGCCUACACGGCCUACCGCACAGCCCUGUCCCAAGGGCAUCAGAAGGACAUCUGGGCCCAGUCCCUCCUUAGCCUCUUCCAGGCCUUGAGGCAUGACUUGAUGCGGUCCUCGGGCCCCAGAGGGUCUCCCUGAGAGACCGGCCCACACCAGGACCACGGGACAGGGACCAGCACACACAGUAAUCCAAAUACUCUUCCUUCUCUACUCUGUUUACAGAGCCCAGCAACGAAGCACAUGCCACCAACUCAGAGUAGUGGAGGUAAAACAAGUGGCGCCAUGUUCUUUGCCCUUUGUAGAUCCCUGACAAGCACGUUGACCCAUGUCACCAUGUGACCUGCGCUGGAAGAAAGGUCAAGGGUGGGAAUUCGAGAUUCCUCCAAAGGCCAAAUGAUUUGCUGAGUGUCAUGUGGAAGUCUAGGAUAUGCCUCAACACUGAGUGACUGCCACAAAUACCCUAGAGCAAGGCCAGAGCUAGAGGAUCCAGCACAGAGGUUUGGGCACGGCGGGAAGAUGGAGGACAGACCUCUGGGGUGUGAGUUGAUUAAACAUCUUUCCAAAGAUUCUAUGGUAAAAUAUUAAAAAAAAAAAAAGCCAACCUAGAGCUAUAGCCAGAUAAAUACGUUGUUGGUCAAAGAUAGGCUUCUCAACUUUUCCAAAAGUCACCAAGAAGAAUCAGUUAGAAAAGCAGUAAUUUAAUGACCUAUAUGUCUUGAUUCUUCUUCUCUGAAAGCUAAGCUAACACAGAGGAGAAACAGGAAGGGGGCUGCCUUCCUGGGGAGAAGCAGAAAGGCUGCCAACAGCCAUGCCCUGGCUCUUGUCUUCUCAACAGAGAAAGCAAGCUAGUGCACAGAGGGUCCCCCUAAUGAGGAGGUGGCACCAACGGCCAUGCCUAGCCGAAUGCUUGAAAUUAUUUAGCACCAUCAGAAAAUGAGAUGCUCCAAAUAAAGAUAUUUCGGAUGAUGGAAUUUCCCCUCUCAAAUGCCAAAACUUUCCUUCUAGCAAUAUUGACCUGGUAUCUCUUUAAACUACACAUACGAAACACCUUAAGCUUUUAUUUAGUUCUCUUGAAGAAUCCUGAUGGAGUUGGAUAAAACACCUCUAAGAGGGCUCGGCCUCUGAAAUGUCCAUGAUCACUGAGGGAACCGUGAGCUAUUACAGAGAGGAAAGCAGGACCGAGGGGUCUGUUGGACUGUCCCAACCAGCCCUGGAAGGCCCCAGGCUUUGCUAACUCUGUGUGUAUGGGAGCUCCUGUCGCCUUCUUCACUGUGAGACUUAAGAGUGCACUUUUUCUUUCUUGCCUACGUAGCCUGCCCUUUGCAAUUUGUUCUUUUGUAGAAGAACAGGAUGGCUAGGCUUGUUACAACCCGAUGUCAAAUAAGCGUUAGUAGAUGAAGGUCUCUGCUCGCAGUGAAGCACUGGGCUCUCAUACAGAUUCCUCACCAGCUCAGAGAUCUUUCUGGCUCCCCUAGGUUGACGGCUGGGUUUGGGAGGCUAACACCGAAAGAGGUCUAACCUUUGCAUGAGUGAGACCUUAUCAGGCUAAAUUUGAUUCCGAAAUGGGUAUUUAACAACUGUCACUUGGUGAUGCCUAAAGCUGCUCUGGACUUCUUAAAAACUUCGACUACAUGAUUGCCAAGCAGCCCAAGCUGCAUGAUCGCUUUGGAGAAAUAACAUCCUGAUGUUCUUGGGCUCAGUAUAUUAAUAACUUCAAAUUUAGUCUCUGAUACAUGCUUUUUGUUCAAUUUCUCUCUAAUAGUAUGUGUUCUCUUUGACACACGGUCACUAAGCUGGUCUCUUUUUGUUUUACUUGAUGUCUCUUCUGCUCUUUCUUGGGGCCCAAUGCUGAUUAUCUUUGGAUCCACCUCUUCAAGGCAUCUCCCAGUCUCUGUUGGUUGACUUUUGCUCACUCGAACUCUGCCUGCCUGCACUCUGACACCCAUUGUCUUUCCACCCCCUUUAGGUAUCACUGUGUGACUCAAACAAAGGUCAAUGUACAGGGUCAGGAUUUCCCAAGAGGCAGAUUAGCCUCAUGGCCUGCCUUCACUAUUUGCACUUUCCCUAGAUGUGGGAUGGGGAGGAGGUAGGUGAGCAGAGGCCACAACCCUUCGACAUUGUGCAAUAGCCUGACAUCAGAGCCUUGUAUCCCACCCCAGGGCCCCACCCCCAUCAGGAUAGAUCUGAGCACUUUCUUCCAGUCACUGGGUGGGAAGACCACCCUGUAGUCCCUGGCUACCAUGUUAUGAUAUACAUGGCUGCUUUGACAGGUAGGAGAUCCAUGAAUGGGAGGAUGGUCCCUAGGACCAGUGAUCAAAUGGUAGUUCAUUCACCCAGCAGCAAAAAAUUAAAGGCACUUGUGCAGUCAUAAAUUGGGGCCCAUAUUUACGUGGCAGUCAAUGAUUGAAAAAAAAAAGAAACAAGAAGGGCAUGACCUUUUGAAAGGCAAAUGAAAAUUUCAUUUUCAGUAACUGGAUGACACUAUUAAUUACUAUUUUAGGCUGAUCACAAAGUGAUCGUUUACCCACAAGAAAUUUUAUAACAAUAACUUUAUUUGGGUGCAAAAUCAAAUAUAUCGCUCACCACCACCACCCCAAGACCCGACCUUUUGCUCAAGGAACAGUGAAGUAAUAGACCGGACAGAAACGGACUGUCCCAUUUUUGCCUCAUUAAUACCACACUGUAAACACCAUGAUCACAGCCGGGUCACGUUUUGCCCUAUUUACUCAUAGACCGAAUCAUUGGGGGUGUGGUGUCUGUGGCGGGCAUUGCUGUCAUCUAUCACCUCGAGUCUAAAAGAGAAUCACCUCAGUGAUAAAUCAGCCAGAAUAUGUUUCUACAGGUGAACUGGUCUCAAAUGAAACGCUUGUCAAAUGUCUACAUGGCGUCCCUUAGUCUCCUAACCCCUUUUUAACGCCUUACGUGUUUUUAGUUGUGGUCACCAACACAACGCGCGAUUUUCCAUCCGAAUGUCUACGUGUGAGGUAUGGAAACGCUCAGACAGAUCUCUAGAACUUUUCAUCUUGCAAAAAAAAAAAAAAAAAGAAAAAUGCUACUUCUGGAACCAUCCCCCCUUCCCCUCUGCCCCACAGUGCCUGGCAACUGCCUUUCUCCUUUCUGUUUCUAAGAGUUUGACUACUUUAGAUACCUCAUCUAAGUGGAACCUGCCUUGUAUUUCUCAAGCACAGUAUUCUGGAAAAUGUUUUCUUCAUCUGAAAAAAUGGAUAAAGUCCUGAGGGAGAACUACUGGUCUUAACUGUGUUGCUCACCUUACCUAAUUUUAUUUAACAAUUAAUCACUUAUGGUGUAAUAAAAAUGUCAUGAUUGAGUUUA